CAACAUGUAUGGUUUACAAGAAACUUUGUUUAUUCUGAUUAUCACAUAUCUAGCAGCAGGUGCCGACGGCGCAUAUAGGUGCGGAGAGUACGGUCGGUGGUGCGAUGGUAGCGUGUUCAAUCGCUGCUGUGGCAAUCUCAAAUGCCAACUAAAGGGUUUCGCAAACGGAGUUUGCAUGAAGUGCAUCGAGGACGGAUUUCGGUGCGGCAGAAACACACAUUGCUGCUCCGGCAUGUGUAAGGGGUUCACAUGUCAGCCCUUGUAGAUCGAAUAUUGUUAUCCGGACCAUAGUACAUUACUGCUUCUUUGCUGUGAAUUCCCUUCCUUUUUGUUCCUUAGUACCCCAAUUCUCCUGUGUUAG